AUGGUUUUAGCAAUGGAAGGUAGAUUGGCGCCAGAAAUUCCUGGGCUUAUCCAACCAGGAAAUGUCACACAAGAUUUGAAAAUGAUGGUUUGUAAAUUACUAAAUUCUCCAAAACCCACCAAAACUUUCCCAGGUGCUCAACCCAUAUCAUUUCAGCAUUCUGAUGUAGAAGAGAAGCUGCUUUCACAUGAUUAUUAUGUGUGUGAAAAAACAGACGGUCUGCGUGUAUUAAUGUUUAUAGUGAUAAAUCCUGUAACGGGAGAGCAAGGGUGCUUUAUGAUUGAUAGAGAGAAUAAUUAUUAUUUGGUCAACGGGUUUAGGUUUCCCAGGCUGCCUCAGAAGAAGAAAGAAGAACUGUUGGAAACUUUACAAGAUGGAACCCUGUUGGAUGGUGAAUUGGUUAUUCAAACUAAUCCUAUGACAAAACUGCAAGAAUUACGUUAUUUAAUGUUUGAUUGUCUUGCUAUCAAUGGUAGGUGCCUUGUUCAAUCUCCCACAAGUUCGAGGUUAGCUCAUUUAGGUAAAGAGUUUUUUAAACCAUAUUUUGAUCUAAGAGCUGCGUACCCUAAUCGUUGUACCACUUUUCCAUUCAAAAUUUCUAUGAAGCACAUGGAUUUCAGUUACCAACUGGUGAAAGUUGCCAAGAGUCUAGAUAAAUUACCACAUCUCUCUGAUGGUCUUAUAUUCACUCCCGUGAAAGCACCAUACACUGCUGGCGGUAAAGAUUCAUUGUUAUUGAAGUGGAAGCCAGAACAAGAAAAUACUGUGGAUUUCAAAUUAAUAUUAGAUAUCCCAAUGGUGGAAGACCUUUCUUUACCCAAAGAUGAUCGAAACAGAUGGUAUUACAACUACGAUGCUAAGCCAGUUUUCAGCUUAUAUGUUUGGCAAGGUGGGGCGGAUGUCAAUUCGCGUUUAAAACAUUUUGAUCAACCUUUUGAUAGAAAAGAAUUUGAAAUUCUGGAAAGAACAUAUAGAAAAUUUGCAGAAUUGAGUGUCUCCGAUGAAGAAUGGCAAGACUUGAAAAACUUAGAACAGCCACUAAACGGCAGAAUAGUAGAAUGUGCAAAGAACCAAGAGACCGGGGCAUGGGUAAUGUUAAGAUUCAGAGAUGAUAAGUUGAACGGUAAUCAUACGUCAGUGGUUCAAAAAGUCUUGGAGAGUAUCAAUGAUUCCGUUUCAUUGGAGGAUCUUGAGGAAAUUGUCGGUGAGAUCAAAAGUCGUUGGGAUGAGAGAAGAGCGAAUGGCGGUGACGGUGUAAGAUCACUACCGCAGCAUACCCAAAAUGCCAUGCCACCAGUUCCUAAACAAAUGCAACCACCACCUACAACGAACAAUGAUGAGCCAAAAUAUGUAGAUGAGGAUGAUUGGUCGGAUUGA